GUAGACUUUAUUGCUCAUGAUUCAUCAUCACCACCACCACCACCACCACUUAUUAAGAAUCAUUCUUUGAUAUCGGGACUGAGAAUUCUGGUUGUACAUUAUUUUACUACUAUUAUUAUUCUAUUUCUAUCAUAUGUUUCUGGAUCAUUUCUCUGUGGCCUUUUAUUUUGGUUCACAUGGUCUUGUCAUCUUUCUUCCAAUUUAAUAGAAUAGUAACAGUGUACGGUAUGUAUCUUGGACCAUCGUAUUUUCAAGGCUUUGUUUCUGAAUUAUUGAGCAGUGACACAAUAUAGACCCUCUUAUUGAGAGUUUUGAAAUGUUAUUGGAUCAAAUUUAGAUCUGCCUUGGUGAAUCACGAGCAAUGAAUUAAAUAUGUUGGAUUUGUGUGAUUCUUAGACUACGGACCCCGUUGCCGUUGCUAAAGGUCAGCAGCAGAUGAAGAAGCUAUUUAAGGAAUAUGGUGUGAGUCCUUUCACACCAUUGAAGGGACUCUUUAUUCAAGGUCCUAUUUUUGUGAGUUUUUUUCUUGCGAUAGAUAACCAAUAUGGCUGAAAAAGUGCCAUCAUUCAAGCAUGGCGGAGCUUCUUGGUUUAUUGAUCAAGCAACUCCAGAUGCCUUAUACAUUUUUCCAGUUUUGACUGCAUUGUCAUUCUUAAUAACAGUGGAGUGUAAUAUGCAAGAAGGGAUGGAAGGAAAUCCUGUGGCUGGUACCGUUAAAAAUGUCUCUAGGGGACUUGCUGUUCUUACAGUUCCUUUCACCAUGGGAUUUCCAAAGGCAAUUUUCUGUUACUGGGUUACAUCAAAUUUGUUCUCACGUAUGUAUGGACUUGUACUUAAAGUUCCUGGUGUAAAGAAAACAUCGGGUAUUCCUGAAAUUCCUGUUGCAGCACCCACCAAUCCUCCUCAAUCUCCCUUUUCUAUAUUUCCAGCUCUAAAACAAGCUACAACAGCGACAAAUGGGCCAAGCUCAAUGCCAGAUGAACCAUCAAAACAUUCAAAUAAAAAGUUAUCUUCUUCUGCUGUUAUUAGUCAAAGGCUUAGAAGUUUAGAGAAACAAGUGAAUGGAAGAAAGAAAAACAAGAAGUAAGGAAAAUUUACUAAUUCCUAAAUUAUGCUAUCUAAUCAUAUGGAGUAGUUGUGCUCAGAUUUUUGUUAUAUUUUAUUAUCCUGGGAUGAAGGGAAAAUUAGUUCAAACUUUGUUAUUGCUAGUAAUUUUGCUUAGGAAGUUCAAAGUUUUGCAUUUUGUGUAGUUUACACACGACUGUAGAACUUGGUCGCUAUCAGAAAAGAGGACCUUCGUGAUUUAA